CGUUUGGAAAGCCUUGCUUGCUCUCCUUGCCCCCAACACACGACCUUGGCUACACGCCAAUAGCCCGGGAGGGGCAAAAAGGGCCUGCUGGUGAGGAUUGCGACGUGCAACCGCCACCAUUUUCGGCUGCGAUUGUGUUGGCAAAGCCUCUCUAGAAACAGCCGGGACGCGAAGGCUCUUGGAGGGAUGAGGAGUCGAGUAGGCCUAGGGCGUUCCCAGCUGCGUCUCUGCUGCAGAAGGCUAGCACGGCCAUCACCGAGGAGGGGAGCAGCAGCAGCAGCAGCAGCCUCUCCUGCGACGGUUAGUGCACGGCAUUCAAGUACCGCCAGACCUAGGGCGAGGAAGAAGGGCGGGAUGGCGCUAGGAGCUGUGGCAUCCGUAGCGGCCGUGGCGGCGCUGCUGAGGGAGGCGCAGCUGCCGGAUAGAUUUGCGGAAUGGGACGAUGAGGUAGGGGGGAGGCGGAGAUAA